CAAAAGCAGCAUGGCAGUCUUGAUCGUGGGUGGUCUGUUUUCUUGUGUGGUCUUUAGUUUGAGGAUGAUGAUGAUAAUGAAUAAGCCACCAUUUCUGAAGUGUAAAUAUCUGAAACUUGGAAGUUUUUUUAGAAUUUCACAAUUACGGAACUGAAAAUAUUCAACUUGUUGCUUCUUUGCAGUUGAUGCUAUAGCCUACAGAUGCUGCUGUAGGAAAUUGGAUUAUAUAAUAUGGCAUCACGCCAACCGAUCUACGUUUUAGUGGCGUUUAUGCUGCUUGUGUUGAUUCCUCUCAAUUCCUGUUCACCAAGAUUGAAAUCCUCAGAGAAAAAUGGCCAAACAAGUUCCAAGUUCGACGAACCAUCAAAUGGCUUUAGUGCCUUCGGUUUUAUCAAUUCUCCGCGUUUGAAAGAUUCCAGUGCUGCUAAUCGUUUAUUCAUCUCGCAUUCGCCUGAAGACGAUGCAGCUUAUUGUAGAAUUCCGGCAAAAUGCGUACCUUUGAACUACUCACAUUGCAUGGGAACAAGGUUGCCUUACUCCAAAACAUCUCUGGACUUAGUUAAUGGCUUGCGUUCCCAAGAACAAGCUCAGGAGCAGCUUAAUCUCUUGCAGGGUCUUAUCAAUCUGCCAAAGUGCUGGGUAGUAAUUCAGCCAUUUCUCUGUUCUCUUUUCAUGCCAAAGUGUGAUAACAAUGUGGUGGACCUACCAUCGCAGGAAAUGUGCAAAAUGAUCAUGGGUCCUUGCCGCAUUCUAGCUGUAGAUCAUGGUUGGCCGCUCUUUCUUCAGUGUGAUAAUACAACAAAAUUUCCUUCUGGCUGCAAGAAUGAUGUUCGUGAACUGAGAUUCAAUACAUCGGGGAAGUGCAAGGCCCCAAUGGUUCAGACCGAUUACCCAAGUUCUUUCUACGAUGGAAUGGAAGGCUGUGGUGUUCAGUGUGAUAAUCCUCUAUUCACACCAGACGAGAGGUAUCAGAUACACAGAUUCGUGGCGUCGACAGCAACUAUUUCUUUCAUCUUCAACUUAUUUACAGUGGCAACGUUCAUCAUUGAUUGGAAAUCGGCCAACAAAUAUCCUGCACUUGUCAUCUUCUAUAUAAAUGUAUGCUUCAUGAUAGUAAGCCUGGGCUGGUUAGCCCAAUUUCUGCCAGGUGGAAGAGAUGACAUUGUGUGUCGUAAAGAUGGUACGCUGAGAAUUGGAGAACCAAGUGCAGGGGAAAAUUUAUCCUGUGUCAUAGUCUUCGUGUUGGUGUACUAUUUCCUGAUGGCUGGAAUUGUAUGGUUUGUCAUCCUCACCUAUGCCUGGGAUAUCUCGUUUCGUGCGUUAGGUAAAACGCAAGACAAGAUGGACAAGAAAGGAGCCUACUUCCACCUGGUAGCGUGGUCGCUGCCUCUAGUGCUGACGAUCACCACGAUGGCAUCGGGCGAGAUCGAUGGAAACAGUGUUGUUGGCAUUUGCUUCGUUGGCUACAUCAACCAUGCAUUUAGAAUCGGCCUGCUCAUCGUCCCAGCUUCUAUUGCUUACUUCAUUGGAGGUUACUUCAUUUUUAAAGCACUGGCAACGCUAAUUCGAUUGAAGAUUGAGAGUCAAGAGAUCAUCUCUGAACGCGCCAGAGGAAAGAUAAGCGAAACAAUCAUACGAAUGGCCAUUUUCUCCAUACUAAUAUUCAUUGUUGGAAUCACUUCUUUCAUCUGUCAUAUCUAUGAAAUGAAACAUUCUGAUUCAUGGAAGGAGAGCUUCCGUCGAUAUUUAGUAUGUAGACUAGGAGUAAGUGACACGGAAUGUCGCCUGGAAACGCGACCAAGCCUGGCAAUUGUGCAGUUGCAUGUGCUGUCUCUGUUCACUUUGGCAGUGGUCAUGAGCUCCUGGGUGUGGACUGGCUCAACAAUACAGACAUGGAAAAGAUUUAUCAGAAAAUUAACAAAUAAGGAAGUUGAAGAGCCAGUCAAAUUGAAAAAGCAUAAGGUUAUUGCUGAGGCUUAUGCUAAACGAAAAAUUUUAUUCAGGGAUGGGAGGCUGUCAAUUAGCAUCCACAACGCCGAUGAUGAUCCUGUUGGUUUCAAUUUCGAAUUAGACAGCUUGGCGUCAGGAGAGCUGGGCUCAACGUGGGCAGCUGCGUUACCAAAAUUAGUUACCAGGAGAGGAGCUCUCACAGGCGUCACCAACUCAAAUUCCAGCCAGCGGAGAAAUUCAGUCGAUUCUGAAAUUAGUUACAGUGUUUGCAGGGUUUCAGUAGAGUCUCGUCGCCAGUCUGUAGACUCUUCAGUGUCAGUGCAAGUGUCUGAGAUGACGGGUACUCUUCGCAAAGGGGGAGGGGGGCACCGCUCGAGGUACAAGAGGCGCAGGCGGGAGGGGGGACGCAAGACCAGAUCGCGGCAACGAGGCACCCCCAACCCUACGCCCCUCCCCGCCGCAUCAAGGCAUGGCAGCACCACGUCGCAGGAGAGUCAGCUGGGUGCUCAGAUACUGUCGGCAUUAACUGCGAUUGGCAAUCCGUCGUUUGCGACGGUGGAGCCGAACCGGAACCGACGCCCCGCCAACGCCGGCCUGGACGGCAGCUUGUCCAAUCUGACCGGUCAGCUGUUUGCCAGCCUCACGGGUUCCCUGCCUCCCACAAGCGACGAGGAGGAGACCGCUGAAAAGGAACCGCUCAACAUGAGUACUUGACUUAUCAUUUAUUAUUCUGAUUAGCGACCGUGUCUCUCCUAUAAUCACUGAUUUUAUUCACAUUCUUCUAUUGAAAAUGAGAAUACAAUCACUGUACAUUACAAAUGUUCAUUUGUACAUUUGAAUAUGUUUUUAAGUAGAAGUAAUAUUGAAAUACAGUCUUUUUGUUGUGGCUGAAGAGAUACAGUUACUCGAGUGUAUCAGUAAAUAUAAAUAUCUUUUAGAAGAUGCUCAUCGAUUUGUGCAUCCAGAAAUGUUGCCCAGUUGCGUAAUAUUAGGACUCACUUCCCUAAUAUUAAUAUAACAUCAUGGUGGUUUAUGUAUGUCGAUGUAGGCUUGCUAUUGAGCUUACUUGAUGAUUUUUUUUAUAUCUAGACCAAAACAAAAUAGGCGCUGUAAAUACUAUAUUAUAAGUUUUAUACGUUUGUUUUUAAGUUCCUCCUGUAUUAGAUAUUUUUACACUGCAUUAUAUUAUUUAUUAUAAUAGAUCUCGAUAAAAAUGUAGAUAUAUUUCAACUACUCCUAAAAGUAUUAAUGAAUCAGUCAGUUUAUUCUCAUUAUAAAUUAUUAUUAAUUUGUACUUCUUCAAAGGCAAUGAAUGUAACUAUAUUGAUCCAUUGAUCUAGGUAUUUCAUUAUCAUUCCUUUUCAUGAAUCAUCCUUAUGAUUCUUUUCACUUUUUAGUAGAUUCUCAACGGAAUGUUCUAUUGACUAUUCCUUGACUGUUGAAGUAAUUAACUCUUAGCAGACUUUCAUAUGUUUUGGAAAAUAAUUGUCCUGGUUGAUUAGUAUCUAGAGAGAUGAAUUAUUGUCAGUAACAUUCGUACCCUCAUUAUAAUAUGCUAGUCCAUUUUGCAAAAUUUAAUAGGGCUAUGUAAAGUCAUAUUUUGGCAGCUGAGAUAAAUUAGGUAAGACGAAUUAU